AGUCCAUCGACAAACAUUUAUCUCUCACGGCGUGAAACAACAGAGAACCGGGCCAAAAUGGCGGCUUUCGCAACCAAACAACCUCUGUUGUUGUCUCUCCUCCUCGCCAUUGGCUUCUUUGUGGUGGCUGCAUCCGCUGGAAGCUUCUACGAGAGCUUUGAUAUCACUUGGGGAGAUGGUCGUGCCAACAUCUACGAGAAUGGACAGCUUCUCACUUGCACUCUCGACAAGACCUCCGGUUCAGGUUUUCAGUCCAAGAAGGAGUAUUUAUACGGUAAGAUCGACAUGAAGCUCAAGCUUGUUGCUGGAAACUCUGCUGGAACCGUCACCGCCUACUACCUUUCUUCCAAAGGCGCGACAUGGGAUGAGAUUGACUUCGAGUUCUUGGGAAAUCUCACAGGACAGCCUUACACUAUCCACACCAAUGUUUUCACCGGAGGUAAAGGCGAUCGUGAGAUGCAGUUCCAUCUCUGGUUCGAUCCCACCGCAGAUUUCCACACCUACACCGUCCACUGGAACCCUGCUAACAUCAUUUUCCUUGUGGAUGGGAUCCCAAUUCGGGUGUUCAAGAACAACGAGAAAAAUGGGGUGGCUUACCCUACGUACCAACCCAUGAAGAUAUACUCAAGCCUCUGGGAAGCCGAUGACUGGGCAACACAAGGCGGUCGCGUGAAGAUUGACUGGAACAAUGCACCAUUCAGAGCCUCCUACAGGAGCUUUAACGACCAAAGCUCAUGUAGCAGGACAUCGAACUCCACAUGGGUGACUUGUGACGCAAACAAAGACUCGUGGAUGUGGACCACUCUCAGUAGCCACCAGUACGGACAGAUGAAGUGGGUGCAAGACGAAUUCAUGAUCUACAACUAUUGCACUGAUUAUAAGAGGUUCCCUCAGGGUCUCCCCAAGGAAUGUAACCUUUAA